AUGUCGGCCGCAAGCCCGUCUGCUGCAUCCACGGCGGAACGUGUGUCAGUGUUCAUUAAAUAUGGCCAGUGGGAUCUGGCACGGGAAUUGAUUCCAACGGCCGUCACGAAGUCUGCGCCUCUUUACUUGUUGGAGGCACAAGCUUUCCACGCGAGAGCUUUUUUUGGCAACGAUCAGGAUCGGGAUGGAGACAUGCAACGCGCUUGCGAAGGAGCGCAGGCUGUGAUUAACAUGGCUUCAACUGCUUCAGCUGACCAAGCAUUGUUAGCUCAAGCCCUGUUGGUGAGAGCAAACACUCUGGCAAACUUGGCUUCCAGGGUGAAGGAGUUCAAGGGUUCGCUGGGCGAGGCAACUUCAGCGGUCCAACAGGCCGAGAGUGUGCUCAAGGAGUUGGCUGAACCGGAUGUGGCGAAUGCGUACCGCAUCCGGGGAGUGAUUAAUCAAGCAUGGCACCAUCUUCGCCCAGACGACAAAUGGCUUCGACAAGUACAGAAAAACUUUCUCGCAGCCAUCCGUGAGUAUGAGAGACACGGAAAGGAAGAGAGCAGCAAGUGGUGUGCAGUUUCGCACUGGAACAUGUACAUCAUUCUGCAGAGCCUCAACAGGGAAAAAGCAGCAGUCUCUUUUCUGAAGCGCGCCGUGGAUCUCAGAGAGAAGGCUCAGGGCUAUGAGCAUCCUUACACCCGCAGCUACCGCCGACAGCUGCGAAGUCUGGAGGUCUGUAUGGGUGAUGCAGAAAUGAAGCAAAUAGUGCAGAACGAACUUCAUAAGUAUGACCGGUAUUUUGGACCGGGAUUUUAA